GCUUAAAUUAAUGCAGAGACAUGGUUUUAUGUUAAAAUUACUUCUCACGUAUACUCAUUAACAGUUUCGUGCCAUUAAAUCUUAUCGUGUUGCAGGCCAGUGGAGUUGCACGAAUAGGAUGUGGAAGUUUGAUGAACCACCUCCUCCGCCGUCGCGGAAGACUGUGAAGAAAAAGCCAAAGAAAAAGCGAAACUACGACCAUGCCAAAUUGAGAGCAACCAAAGAUGGUGAAAACUCCACCAUGUACGUGCCCUCUAAAUCCGCCUCCGACCUUUCCGAACAGAAACAAACUGAAGACAUCAUCGACCCUGAACUCCGCUAUACUUUCCAAAGAAAUUUUCAGUUCAUCCGGAAGGUUUUCAGUGUCGACCCUUAUUUAAAACCUCUUCCUGCGCCGAUAGGGCAGAGCAUUGGACGCAGUUUGGGCUUUUUCACUAGCAUUUUCACUCAGUUUUUCGGUGAUCCAAUGAAAACUGCUAGGUUGGGGGCGGUGAGGGGAGUUGCCUCCAAAAAAAAUUGAAUCUUCACCCAAAAUUAUGAACUCAGCAUCCACUUCAAAAUAUCAGAGGUUGUAUUUCCAAAUAGCAAUCAGAGGUAUUCGAAGAUUUUGAGUUAAUUUUUUAAAAUAUCGAGUGCUAGUUUUACAUAACUAUUAUGGAAGUCUUGCAGUAAAGCUGAAAAUAUGAAGAAUCGUGACACCUCUUCACCCGCAAGAUUUUUCACAUUUUUUCGAGCAGCACCAGCUGAAUAAAAUAUUGGAAGGCCCUCUCUACAGGAUCACAAUGUUAGGGAAAUCAAAUGAAGCUUUUUAGCUUUGGAAAUUUGUAUCAUUUCUUUAAAAUGUUUAUUCAGAUUAACAAUCCUUUCAUCGACGGCUAUUUUCUCAAAACUCCAAUUCUAGUACAAUGUUUAGGUCAUUUAUUUGGAUUAAAAUUGGUAGUUGAAGGCCACAUUCCAUUCCAAUAACUUGAACAGGGGUGAUGGUCUUGGUUAGGGUAGGCGUGAAGACUCAUUUAUCAUUUUAUUUGAAUAUGAAUGCAUACAACUUCUUAAUGUUAAUUAUUCAGUGAUUCUCAUCUUAGAAUGUGCUGGUGGUUUGAAAAUGCCACCUCUUUCUAUUUGAAGAAGUAAAUACGUGAUUUGUCCAGUGGAUUGAGAA